AGGACCCGAACGAGUUUGACUCUGCGGAUGCCAACGACAGAAUCCAUUAGCUUUUCGGGGAAGUUUUCGCCACCACCAUUAAUCCACCAUGGAUUUCGUCUGACCAUGAAGAAGAAAUGGUGCAUUAAGAAGAGAAAGAGAGAGUGAGGGGGAGAGAGAGAGAGAGAGAGAAGCGGGUGGUGGGGGCACUGCACACCGCUUCGUGACAAUCACUCAAAGGUGAAGAUGAAACGCAAGGGCGGCCCUUCCUCCUCUUCUCCCUCUGCUUCUUCUUCUUCCGUCUUAUUGGUGGAACCAGAGGAGAGGAAGAACUGGUCCGAGAAUCCGAAAACCAGAAGCUGGGGUAUGGGAGUUCAACGUCGUCUAGCAGACGCUGACAAGAGACAGCUGUGCAGGGAAUGCUUGUGGAAGAAUCCCCACUUCUUCAAAGUGUUGAUUGGAGCUUUCCGCGAGAGAUUGACACUUCCACCGGCAUUUCUGAAACAACUAAUGGUUGGGGAAUCUGGAGCAGCUGUUGUCAAAGACCAGUCCAAUAGGUGUUGGGAUUUUGAAUUGUUGAGGAGGGAUAAUGGUAUGAUAUUUAGCAAGGGAUGGAAGCAAUUUGUUGUGGAGAAUGACUUAGAAACAGGGGACUUUUUGGUUUUCCGAUAUGAUGGAGACUUACACUUUACAGUCACUAUCUUUGACAAAAGCUCAUGUGAGAAGUUCACGGAAAAAAGGUGCCCAAGAAUCAAAGCACAGGAUGCAGCAUCAUCUUCAUUCAAGACCACUAAUCCAUCAUUCAAGAUAGUGAUGACGAAUCGCCGUUAUUCUCUGUAUAUUCCUGGUGGUUUUCCAGUGGCAAAUUUGCCAAAGGAAUCAUGUUGGGUGACGCUUGAAGAUUCGGUUGGUCGUCAGUGGUUUGUUAAAUACAUGAAGACCGUGCUCUCCCGUAAUGGCCGAGAUCAUGUGCAAAGAUCACUAAGUGCUGGUUGGCGCAAAUUUUCUGUUGAAAGUUGCUUGAAGAAGGGAGAUGUGUUAGUUUUUGAGCUUAUAAGAGAAAAUAAUGUAUUCAAAGUCCAUGUUUUUCCAGACGAGAAGAAUCAACGUCUUUUAUUCACCAUCUUCGACAGAAGCUCGUGUGAGAAGCUUCAAUGUGUUGAUGAGUCUCCUGCAACUCCCACUGCGGAUUUGAUUGCUGAUGAAGAGCAUUGGCAGUCUGUUCAUAUUCCAGCUGACGCUCCAAAUGCAAGUUUGCCAAAUAAGACUUGUCAGGUGAAGCUUGAGGAUCCUGAUGAUAGGCAAUGGCCCGUUAAAUUCAUGAUGGGUAUCAACUCCAAGCGAGCUCAUGCAUUGCCUCAUGAUGCAUGUGAGGAAAUGCUCCAGCGCAAGAGACUGAGAGAGGCAGAAGCAGAGGUAGAGGGUGGUGGGACAGUGCUCUCUGGCCGCCCCUUUCCUCCUGAGCUAUCGAACUUACUAACUAUGGAAGGAAAUUGUGAUGCCUGCCCUUGGAAGGCGAAGAAAUUCUUCAAAGUUAUGAUGGAUGGCUAUAAGGAGACUCUGAAACUCCCACCAGCCUUUGUCUUGAACCAUCUGAAAAUUAAUGGAUCCACUGAAAGAGCCACAGUGGAAGACCAUAGUGGUAAACUCUGGCACAUGGACUUGGUGAAGACGAUCAAUGGUUCGGUAUCACUCUCAGGAAAAAGUUGGAUGGAAUUUGUGAUGGGUCACAGGCUAGAGAUCGGAGACUUCCUGGUCUUUCAAUACUACGGAAACUUUAAUUUCAUGGCUCGGGUCUUCGAUCACAGCAACUGUGAGAAAAAAGUGUACGUCGGUGAGGCUUCUAGAAAUGCCAAAUCACGGGAUGCAGCCAACUCAUUCAAAACUAGAAAGCCGUCGUUCAUGAAGAAGAUCAGAGGUUUGAAGCAUGAAGUUUUGCACAUUCCCCAGGACUUUUCAGACGAAUACUUGCUUAAAGAGCCAUGCUCGCUGAAACUCCAGAAUUCUGACGGCAAGGAAUGGAGUGUUGCAUAUGCCUAUUCAACAAAAAGAAGUUCACUAAGGACUGGCUGGCACGCCUUCUGCACUGCAAAUAACUUGAAGGCAGGAGAUGUCUGCGUGUUUGAGCUUAACGGGCAGAGAAGUUUCAGGGUCCAUUUUCUACGCAAAGCCUGACUAUGGCCUCCCAUCUUCCGUUCAAUGAAGAAGACAUCUGUCAUACACAACUUAUAGUUCAUUAGCUUCUGUCAUACACAACUUUUAUUUUCGCAUGUCAAUCAUCUCUCCCAUCCUUUCUCACAUAUUUUCGUUAUACAUGUUUCGGAAGAUUGAACCAAUUCCACUGACGGGGAAAUUUUACAGACAUGAUUUGUAUGGGGCUCAUGCCACUUUAUAUCCUUCAAGAACAUGACACAAGUUAGAAG